AUGGGAAAGAAAGCGUCUCGUCCGCCCGCAUCGAAAACUUCCGCGGCAUCGCUCGCAGUAUCAGGCCUCUCAUACUCCGGGAAUCAGUCGUCGAUUCUAAAGGCGUCGUUUGCGCCGUCUGACUAUCAGCUGGCGCUUUUUGCCUCUGUCAUUCAGGGUCUCGAGGGCCAACAUCUUCGAAUUCAUGAUACGAACACCGGUCGGUUACAGUGUGAGCAUGUUUUGGCCCCUCGUGAGACGGUGACUUCUCUGGAUUGGGGCUACUUUCCGAGCAAGCAGAGGGAUCAGUCAAAGAAGAAGAGGAAGCGUCAUUCCGAUGUCAAUGGCCCCCCCGAUGGGCUCGAUCAUGGGGAUGUAGUCGUUGCUUUCGGCACAAGUGCCUCGGACAUCCGAAUGUAUUCCCCAGCAGAAGACAAGGUUAUUGGUACUUUGAUGGGUGCACAUGAAGAGGGAAUCAAGGAUUUUAAGUUUACAUUAAAUCGGCCUGGUCAAGAAGGAUGGAGUAUCGGUUGUGAUAACAAACUUGUGCAGUGGGAUUUGCGCACCGGGAAGACCACGAAAAUGAUCCACCUGUCUUCAUCAGUGCUCUCGAGCCUUUCGCGCCCACUUCCUUCAAACCCACCUAUUAUCUGUGCAUCCCAGAAGCCAUAUAUUGUCGACGUUGAAAAUGAUGUAUCUCCUAUUGCGUUCUCGGACAUGCGGAACCCUAUCCAACACAUUCUUGCCUCCUCAACACAAUCUGCAGCUACAGGAUUGUUCCUUGCUUCCGAUAAUGACCGUUUUAUAAAUGUCUACGAUGUCCAGAGCCAGAAACUUGUCAUGAACCUCGUCGCCGACAAAGAAGUAUCUUCACUGUCCUUGUAUACUGCUACAGGAAAUGAAUCUGGUGAUGAGCUGUCUUUGGAGAAACAAGUCCUUGCGGCUGUGACCGAUGACGGGACAAUUGAACUCUUCACGAGACCGUUUGUUAAGCCAAAUGAGUUGCUAGGUUCCAAGAGCUUAAAGGCGAAGCGUCAGCAUGCGACCAAGAGAUCCGAUUCUUCCAUCAAAAUCACUCGGUCUGAGGCCUCUAAUACCCUGGCGACUGUAGUCACGGUAGAAUUCCAGGGUCCUGAACUGAUUAUCGCUUGUGCCGAGGGAGGUGUCGUUCCAGUUUUUGAGCGGGUCCGGUGGCUCAAUGAAGAUACGGAUGAGCUGGCAUUCACCGGCACAAAGACAAUUACGAAGACGAAGUCGGGUUCAGCUCUAGGAUCAGUGACUGCCAACGGGAGAAAGAACGUCAGUGAAACGUACGUCGACGAGUCCAGGGCUGUGGUAGAACAAGGAAAUUUUGCAGAGGAUGAUGUGGAAAUGGAGGACUCUAAAGAGAACGCUGUCUCCAUUGCCGAUAACGAGGAAGAUGAUUCAGACGACGAGCCGCAAACCGAACAAUCAAAGGAAAAACCACAGAAAGAGAAGGAGGCCGACGGUGACGUUGAAAUGGGCCAUGUGGACGAGUCGGAUCAGGGAGACGAAGAGGAUGAAGAAACAGGCGAGCCAUCUUUCGGCGAGCUUAUGCGGGCCCACACCUCGGGAGAAAUUGAUGUUGAAGCCGAGCUUGAGGAUGGCGUGCGCAUUGGAUCCCUUGUUCCCGGCAAACCCAGCACAGCUGUUCAGCCGAUUCCCUCUGGGGUCUCGCUGUCGACGGUUCUUACGCAGUCUCUCAAGACAAACGACACCGACAUGCUGGAGUCAUGCUUCCACACCGGCGAGAUUUCAGUGAUCCGAACAACCAUCCAACGACUCGAGCCGUCGCUCGCGGCCACUCUCCUUCAGAAGUUGGCCGAGCGUCUGUCUGCUCGUCCCGGCCGAUAUGGACACCUCUUGGUGUGGGUGCAAUGGACGUGUGUGGCCCACGGAGGAGCGCUCGCCGGCAAACCGGAUCUUCUGAAGCGUAUGUCAUCCCUUUUCAAGGUCAUGGACCAGCGGUCAUCGAGCCUCUCCUCAUUGCUCCUGCUCAAGGGCAAGCUUGACAUGCUGGAUGCGCAGUUGGGACUGCGACAGUCCAUCCGCAGCAGGGCGGAGGACAUGGACAGCGAAGACGAGGAGGACAUAAUUUAUGUUGAGGGUCAAGAGGAGGAGGAAGACAGCGACGCCGACACGAAGCUCACCGCCACGCCACGCACCAAGUUGAUCCGCGGUCAGACGUUCGACGAGGACGAGUCCAUGGUGAACGGCGUGCAGUCGGGCAUUGACGAGUCGGACGACGAGGAAGACGUCGGCAGCGAAGACGAGGACGACGAGAACCAGGACGUGUUUGACGUUGAAGCCGAGGAAUCCGCGGGCUCUUCCGACGCCGAAGAAUCCCCCGAAGAAGACGAGGACGAGGACGACGAAGAUGCCGACAGCGCCGGGUCAAUGGCCGAUUUCAUCGCCGACACCGAAGACGACGUGUCAGAGGUCGAGGGACCAUCGGUAUCUCAACCGCCGCCACCGAAGAAGGCCAAGUUGAGUGGAGGAAAGGGGAAGAACAAAGCCAGGAAAUAG